UGACACCGUUACAAAGUCAAAGAGACAAUGCCCCGGAACUAUGUUCCCAAACAAAUAUCCCUGGACCAUCUGGGUCUUCUGAAGAAAACGAGCUGUGGAUCAAGAGACAGUUUGGCUUAUUUACAAGAGCGAAAGGCCUUGAAACACCAAGGAGUGUUCACAAAAACAGAACGUCUCUCCAAAACGCAACAACUCGGAGUGGAAGAUUACCCAAAAGGGGUGGGAGGUCCCAAAGCGCAGCCAAUGUCACAUCCGGGCACUACAGAUAGUGAGGUGGUGUAUAAAUACGCCGGCAGCGUGAUAAGGCAGAUCAUUCCCCAAGAUCGGAUCGGAACAUACACAGUAAACAUGCAGACCGGAAGUCAAAACGGUGUACAAAAUGGCUGCCCAAUAAACAAAGAAGGCGCAGAGUUCAAUCCAUACAGGAACUGGAGGCGACCAGACUUGCCCAGUCGUUGCACGUACGGCAGAUCAAAGGACAACCCCCAUUCCAACAAGUCAUGUCCCAAACCAGUUCGGCCGAAGAUUCUCAAUAGCGUGUUGGAGAACAUUGCCGGCACUCCCAUGAUCAGACUCAACAACAUCGGCAAGAGCGAGGGACUUAAGUGUGAAAUACUUGCCAAGUGUGAGUUUUUUCAACCCGGUGGGAGUCUUAAGGACAGAAUCGCACUGCGCAUGAUCGAGGAUGCUGAGGAGAAAGGUUUCAUUAAACCAGGGGCGACAAUCAUUGAACCAUCGUCUGGAAACACUGGUAUCGGCGUUGCCAUGGUGUGCGCUGUCAAGGGUUACCGCUGUAUCAUCGUCAUGCCUCAGCGCAUGAGUUUGGAGAAGGUAGCCACGAUGAAAGCGCUGGGUGCAGAAAUCUACCGAACCGCAAACGGGAUACCCUUCGACCAGCCCGAGUCUCACGUGGGCGUGGCCAGACGGCUCAUGGAGGAAAUCCCUAAUUCAUUCCUCUUAGACCAGUAUCGCAACCCCAGCAACCCACUUGCUCACUACGACGGGACGGCGGAGGAGAUCUUAGAUGCCUGUGAUAACAAGCUUGACAUGGUGGUCAUAGGCACCGGUACGGGGGGCACGUUGACGGGCGUGGCCAGGAAGAUUAAGGAGCGGUGCCCCAACUGUAAGAUAGUAGCGGUGGAUCCCGAGGGUUCGCUGAUUGCUGAGCCAGCAGAGUUGAACCAGAAGGGAAAGAAGUUCGAGGUUGAGGGAAUCGGGAAGGAUUUCGUCCCGACAGCGUGUGACAGACAGUUUGUGGACAAAUGGUAUAAGGCGGCAGACAAGGAGUCGUUCCAGAUGGCUCGCAGGAUCGUCAGAGAGGAGGGACUUCUUGUAGGUGGCAGCAGUGGUACAGCUCUGCACUAUGGCAUCCAGGCAAUGAAGGACUUCGGCUUGAAGGAGGGCCAGAGGUGUGUCGUCAUCUUCGUCGACUCCAUCAGGAACUACAUGACGCGGUUCCUCAAUGACGAGUGGAUGGGGGAGAGGGGUUACCUGGAGGAUGAAGAGGAGGAACCCAGCAAGUAGACAGAUCGAGGUUAAGAUCGGCUUUUAUCGUCAAUAUUGUGGCGUCCAUUGCAAGAGAUACAAGUGUGUCGUCAAUUGACGUCACUAAUGGUCGUGACGAAGUCACAAAAGCCCGGUGGAAGUCGACACAAUGUAUAUAAUGUACAGCUGACAUCAUCUCCCAUAUAAGUACAUGCUCAUCUUGUUCAAAGUUUCAACAGCAUGCACACUAAACUGGCAUUAGUAUCUACACUUUCCACUGGUCGCAGCACCGCCCAGCAGCAAUGCCCUGACACACAGCAUGCUGCAGAAACUGACAUCAGUAGCUACACGUUCCACUAAUCGCAGCUCCGCCCAUCAGCAAUGCCCUGAAACACAGCAUGCUGCACAAACUGACAUCGGUAGCUACUCGUUCUACUAAUCACAGCACCGCCCAGCAACAAUGCCCUGAAACACAGCAUGCUGCAGAAACUGACAUUGGUAUCUACACAUUCCACUAAUCGCAGCACCGCCAAGCAGCAAUGCCCUGAAACACAGCAUGCUGCACAAACUGACAUCGGUAGCUACACGUUCCACUAAUCGCAGCACCGCCCAGCAGCAAUGCCCUGAAACACAGCAUGCUGCAGAAACUGUUCACUUGACAGAAACAAUAUGGCGGCGACAUGCGGAUCUAUAAAACAUGUAGGCUGAGAGUAUAUUUAUUUUUUGCUUUUCAUUUUCAAUAUUUCAUGAAUGUAAACUCAUGUAAUUAGGAAGUAUGUGUAAAAAUGUUUAUGCUGCAUUGUCGAGUGAUUGCUUCGUGCAACAAUACGUGUAGAAUAGCGAUUUAUAAAUGUUCCAAGGCAGAGGAUACGUUGUUUAGUAUUAUAUAGCUGUGAUGAGGUGCAUGUAGGUACAUAGAACUUUCACCUCAAGUAAAACGACAAUUUAUGUAAAUGCAUGUUUUCAAUUUUGGAUGUGUACAUUCUGUAAAAAUGUAUUGUAUGAUGCAAUCAAUCUGAAAAUAAACCAGUUUAUUAAUGUA